ACCUCCUCUCUGCUGCCCACUAUAGCCCAGGGACUGCCCAGCGCCACCAGCCUGGUGCACUUCUGCCAGAAGCUGAACCGGCUGAAGCCCCUGGAGGAGUCCACCAUGGAGACAUCGCCAGAUCGCCACCUGUCCACACUGGACCUGACCCUGCUGGGUGUGGGUAGCAUGGUGGAUGUGGGCCUCUAUGUGCUCACGGGCACCGUGGCCAAGGAGCUGGCCGGCCCGGCUGUGAUCGUGUCCUUCGCCGUGGCCGCCGUGGCCUCCCUGCUGGCCGCCCUGUGCUAUGCGGAGUUUGGGGCCCACGUGCCCCAUGUGGGCUCUGCCUACCGUUUCAAAUACAUGUCCAUGGGUGAGCUGUGGGCUUUCUUGAUUGGCUGGGAUGUGCUGCUCGAGUACCUCAUCGGUGGUGCUGCAGUGGCCCGGGCCGGGAGUGGCUACCUGGAUGCCAUUUUCGGCCACCACAUCCGCAACUUCACCAAGACCUACCUGGUUGUCCGGCAGGUGUCCUUCCUGGUCCAGUACCCAGACUUCCUGGCUGCUGGCAUUGUCCUUCUGGCCACCAUCUUCAUCUCCUGUGGAGCCCGCAUGCCCUCAUGGCUCAACCACACUUUAUCGGCCAUCAGCCUGGGCAUCAUCCUCUUCACCACCAUUCUAGGUUUCAUCUUGGCCCGCCCAGAAAACUGGAGCUCCCAGGAGGGCGGCUUUGCACCCUUUGGCUUCUUGGGCAUCCUAAAGGGCACUGCCAUCUGCUUCUACACCUUUGUGGGCUUUGAUGUCAUAGCCGCUUUUGGUGAGGGGGCUCUGAACCCACGGCGGGCAGUGCCCAUGGCCAUCUUCAUCUCACUGGGAAUGGUGGCCACUGCCUACAUCCUGGUCUCCACCGUGCUGACCCUCAUGGUGCCCUGGCGCAGCCUCGACCCAUGCACAGCUCUGGCCAAUGCCUUCUUCCAGCGAGGCUACAGCUUGGCUGGCUUCAUCACAGCAACUGGUUCUGUCUGUGCUUUGAUCACCGUCCUGCUCAGCGACCUCUACUUCCUGCCACGCUUCGUCUACACCAUGGCGGUCGACGGGCUGCUCUUCCAGGUGUUUGCCCGUGUCCAUCCUCGCACGCAGGUCCCUGUGGUUGCCGUCAUGGUGUUUGGGUUCCUCAUGGCCACCAUGGCACUGCUGCUGGACUUUGAGGCGCUGGUGCAAUUCAUGAUCAUCGCGUCACUGCUCAUUUACACCUCUGUGGCUGCUAGUGUCAUUGUGCUGCGCUUCCGGAAGGCCUCUCCACCCAGCUCCCCGGGCCCAGCCAGCCCCAGCCCUGGGACUGAGGUACCCACCUCGUCCUUCAAUCACCUCCAGGUGGUGGCCCUCGAGCCUGGGCAGUUGCGGCCGGCCCUGAGGCCCUACCUGGGCUUCCUGGACAGGUGUGGCCAUGGAAUAGCUGUGGUCUGGGCGCUGGGCCUCCUGGUGGCCUCGGCCAUCACCCUGGGCUGUGUGCUGAGCUUCAGGGACAUGGUCUUGGCCCUGCAUCCCUGGGGCUACAUCCUGCUGCCUCUGUCCAGCGGGGUCGUCUUCCUGCUCAGUCUCGCCGUCCUGGGGGCCCACCAGCAGCAGCACCGGCAGGACAUUUUCCAGGUGCCCCUGGUGCCCCUGACGCCGGCUCUGAGCAUCCUGCUCAACAUCUGCCUCGUGCUGCAGCUGAGCCUCCUGACCUGGCUGCGCUUCUGUAUCUGGCAGCUGAUUGGAUUCACUGUGUAUUUCAGCUACAGCACCCGGCACAGCAAGCUGAACCUGCAGGAGUCCUUGGGUAGUGACAGCCAGGUGGACACGGAGCAGGAGAUGCAGCCACAUCUGGAGGCCCCCAGGGUCCACCGAGGCUCACUUGGAGAAGUUGAACUUGCUGAAGAUGAUGAUGUUCUUUAAGAAGAGUGGGCAGCUCUCAGCCUGGGCUAGGAGGGGCUUCCUGAGGAUGGAGGGAGGUGAGGGCAGGUGUCCAUGGCCCGCCAGGGAAACCACAGAAGGGCUGGAGACAACUCACACUGUCCUGGGGCUGCUCUCCACUUGGCACCAGCUGAAGAUCUCACAGGUCCUUUGGAUCCCAUUGAUCUCCAUGCACUGCGCCAUUUUUUUUUUUUCACUUUCAUUGAGAUUGUUCAGAUACCACACAAUCAUCCAAAGAUCCAAAGUGUACAAUCACUUGCCCCUGGGUACCCUCAUACA